GAUCUCCUCGUCUGAGUUCCGUGGAAUUCAUUUUGAGUACAGAGAUUUUCAAGUCUAAAAUUCGGUAGGAUUUAAGAACUGGUCCACUUCCGGUAACACCGGAAGCAAUUUGAAGAUGGCGUCCUCCUCCAGUGGGCAAGCCAGUGCGGACGGGAAAAGUGAAUUUCGUAAGAAGAAGCCGAAGCCGGAGAACCGAGAUGAAUCAGAACUCCUCACUGUUCCUGAUGGUUGGAAAGAACCAGCUUUUUCCAAAGAGGACAAUCCCAGAGGACUCUUGGAGGAAAGCAGUUUUGCAACUUUGUUCCCAAAAUAUAGAGAGGCUUACUUGAAAGAGUGCUGGCCUUUGGUACAGAAAGCCUUGAAUGAACAUGUAUGCACGUUUUGUAUAUUUGUUCGAAAAGUAGUCCUAGAUACUAUGAAGAAUAUUCAUCCAAUUUAUAAUAUUAAAACCUUAAUGAUUAAACGAGAGUUGGCAAAAGAUUCUGAAUUAAGGUCACAAAGCUGGGAAAGAUUUUUGCCACAGUUCAAGCACAAAAAUGUGAAUAAGCGCAAGGAACCAAAGAAGAAAACUGUCAAGAAAGAGUAUACACCAUUCCCGCCACCACAGCCGGAGAGUCAGAUUGAUAAAGAAUUGGCUAGUGGCGAAUACUUUCUCAAGGCAAGUCAAAAGAAGCGACAGAAAAUGGAGGCCAUAAAGGCUAAACAAGCAGAAGCUCUCAGUAAGAGACAAGAAGAAAGAAACAAAGCUUUUAUUCCACCUAAAGAAAAGCCAGUUGUGAAACCGAAGGAAGGUAAAUGCUUGUUUUCUAAUUCUUGGUAUGAUAUGAAAUCUGUUAUCUGAAAAGCAAACCCCUAG